GCAGAACUUCGCGAUACGGAGGGGGUACGGGAAGCGGGCGUUUUACACGUGGGAAGAAAACUUGAGAGCCCAGAAGAAAGUCCUGCAAUUCUGUAUUGUGGUUAUUCUACUAGUCGUUUUCUUUCUGUUUUUCAUCUUGAAACCGCAUGAAUUCCAAUUCGAUGUCCAACUGUACUACUUACAAAGAAGUUCACAUUACAACAGCCCGCCUGAUCGCCUCCGGCAACCGCGAGACGUUGUUGAAGCUGCACCUGCUCGAGUGGCGAAAGUACGCAGAGGACCAGAUUCAAGAGCGGCACCAGG